GCCAGGCCUGAAUACAGACAUAGCAGAAGAAAGAGAAACAAACAGAAAACACACUGAAGAACAGGCAAACUUCCAUGUUAAGCCUCACACUGAGAUUGUGAGGCAAGAGACUAUAACAGAAUGACAAGCUCCUCCACCCCUAGAAUGCACACGUACAAGAGGACGUCCAGCCCUCGGUCGCCAACGAAUACAGGAGAGCUUUUCACACCAGCACACGAGGAAAAUGUGCGCUUCAUUCAUGACACAUGGCUUUGUGUUUUGAGAGACAUUAAAUCCCCACAACAUAGUGAACGUAAUGAUCGUGGACCACAGGAGUAUGUGGAGAAAAACCCAAAUCCCAACCUACAUUCUUUUAUACCAGUGGACCUGAGUGACCUUAAGAAGAGGAACACACAAGACUCCAAGAAGUCUUAGACCAUUCCCUCUCUUUCGGCUCUCCAGUUUCUCGUCCGCCCUUUUACAUUCGGGACCUUUUUACUCUCUCAGUCUUCUGCCG